AUGCACGAAACGUUGGAUGUGGGCAGUAGUUUUAGUGGAACUAUUAAUACUACAGUGAAAGAUGAAGAAGGAGAUAGAGAUACUGUACCUAAGGAAACACAUUAUAUGAAUGCUAAUUGUAUUUUAUUGACAUAUUUUACGGGUGAUAUCUCUACUGUGGUUGAUGAUCAUUUCUCUCGUGCACUAAGUCAAACUACCAGUUUCAAUGUGGAAGGGUGUACGAAUAAAAAUAUUUCAUGUAAAGGUAAGAUAUUAUUACUCAUUUCAGGGCAGUUAAAUAUGGAUAAUUUGCUAAUUUCCAUCAAAUCACCGAAAAUUAUUUAG